CUCGCGAGUGUGGGGAGUCUAGAGACAAGAGACAGUCAGACACAAGAGACGCAAAGAACUAACGAUCUUGUGGGUGUAGGGGAGAGGACGAAGGAGUAAGAGAAGCCAGACGAAGCUAUUCUCAAGUGGAGAAAAGACAAAGAAAGAGAACGGGCCAGCAGCAAAGGAGGCGUGGCACAUCAGCGAUAUGGCAGUUCUGCAGAGUACGGUUGCACCGAGUGUCGGCGAAGACGGCUUCAUUCAGGAGCCCCACACUCUCUCUGUGGUGCUCAAGUGUCUCCCGAGAGAGGUGCGGAGUGCGGCGUCCCGCAGAGAGACUGUCGUGUAUACCUGCCUCGACGUCUCGCAGCAGUACCUGGCCAUGGGUUCGGAGCAGGGCUACGUAUGGAUCCUCGACCUCCGCGCCACUAAACUCGUCCGAGAGCUCAGCGAUUUCAGAGGGACAGCCGUAACUGCUGUGGCUUUGAAUUCACGACAUGAGCACGUUGCAUUCGGGACACAAGACGGACAGACUAAGAUUGAUGCCUUCACAAAGCAAAUGUCGAGGGGAUACAGAAUACAGGAGAAGGAGAGACAGACGGUGGUUGCCAUGACAUGGGACAGCACGGGAACCACACUACUCUGUGCAUACUCGUCCGGGAAGCUCAUAAAGGCAACGUUCCAGUUUGGUGGAGAGGCGAUGGAGGUGGUGCCACUGCUGGAGUGCGGGAGCCGCGUGGUGCAGCUGUCACUGAGUGAGCAGAACCUGCUUAUCUCGACGCUGGCCCGCUCCCUCCUCCUGGACCUCCAGAGUGGGAGGGUCACACAGGUGGGCACAAAGGAGCGCAAGUCGGGUUCCUACGGAGGCUGUUUUUCCCAAGGCUCUCUGACGACAGACGAAGAAGGGGCAGCUCCACCUGUCAUGGCAUACCUCUCGAGGCCUGGUCUCCGUAUGUGGACAGCUGAUGACACGGGAAAGGUUACUCUCACCACAAAGUUCCGCGGUCCCCUAACGUCGGGCCAGUUCCCCCACGUCCCGACCCACAACUGGUCAUCCGGGACCAAACAGUUCACAGACACCUGGCAGUUCUCCCUCGUCCUCCCCUGGCUCGGCGGGCUCGUCGUGACCCACAACGACUGCACCCUCUGCAUUCUCGACCCCACCACCAGCACUGUGGCCGGCGUACUCUGUCUGGAGCAUCCAAUCACCUGCGUUUCUGUCAGUGGGAAGUUUGUUUACAUCUUGUCCAACGAGCUCACUCGUCCGCUGGCACGGUUCACCGCUCACGCCUCAUACCUCAAGAGCCUGCAGAAGACGAGUAAGACGGGCGGUGUGGCAGGGUCCAGGAGUGAGGAGGACUUGUUGAGUGUUACGGGAGAUUGUGGAGACAACAGAUCGGGGGUUGGGAGCCGCGAAUGGAGCAGUGUGUCGGUUGGUACAAGAGACAGCGAGGAGAGUGAGCGGUUCGUCAAAGAAGGAGAGUCGCGUGAGAGAAGUGUCAUUUCAGCUGCGUCCGAGAUGAGGGAAAUGAACUCGAUAAACAGUUCAGAGUCUCCAGUGUCGGAAGAACCGACACAGAGCACCAAUGACAAGCUUACUACAGCUGAAACAACUAACAGACAAUUGAGUGAAGACCCACCACAAGUUACGAUAGGCAGCGGUGGAGAAAUGCUCACUGGGCUGCCUGAGGUGCAAUUGUGCCAAGAUGGAGCCACAGAUGAUACUGUUUUACGACAGGGUCAAUCAACUCCCGACGAAGCAAACAUUGAAACAAUCAUUUCCCUUAACGACGCCAUUGAAAACGAAACUACUGCUCCUACAACAGCACAGGACGGCUCAGAAGACAAGCUCCACAAUGAAGAAGAUUUUCAUGUGAGAGACCCAGAACCGGAUGGAAGCACAGAAGCUCCUCCCACUUCCCGUCCAACCACACAAGCUGGGUCCUCCGGAGAGCCCGGGAGACCUCACUUCGCAGACCCUCCCUCGGUGACCGGACCAACGGGGGUCCAGGACCUUGCUCGAGAGGUGACUGACCUCUUGCGACCAGCUCUGGGGAAACUCUCCACUCUAAUGAAGGAGAGGAAGAGAGACGGUGGGGCUGCUGGGGAUGGCGGGGCAGUUAGAAGCACAUCACCACGGGAGUCACCUCUAGCGGAGCGUCAUCAAUCGGAGAAAGAAGAAGGAGAGAGAGAGGGGGAAGGGGAGAGGGAGGAGAGACAGGGCACUCCGUUGGAGGGACCCUCGCCAAAGUUUAUUCUGAAGCUUGGGGGGAAACUUGGAGAGCUCAUUUCAGGAGACCGUGAUAAGGACCGGGGGGACAGUCCAUUCAGCAGUGGGACAGCGAGCGUUGGUGCGACACCGACACCCAUUGGCCCGGAGGAGGAGGAGAGGAGACUCAGAAUGGCGCAGGCUGCAGGAGAGGAGGACGCCGUCUCCGAGAGACUCACUCAGAGAAAGAGACGGAAGAGACGGACAAAGAAACACUCCAAACCAGAUUCCACGUCCUCGUCUCUGGAGAGACUGACAGACAUUGGGGACGGAGGAGUGGUAGAGGGAGACACAACACCAGCUGCCAGUCCUCAGGUGGAUCCAGUCUCAGACACCAACGAAGUGGGUCUGGGAGGAAUGGAGGCUGAAGAGAGAAGCAUUGAGACAAGGAAGCUCUCAGCCGUGAUUGAGAAAGAGGAGCUACCGGUGUCCUCGCUCAGCAAGUUGCAGCCAGAACACACCACAAGUCACAUCGAACCUCCCCUACAAGCCACCCAGGAGUGCUCUUACACUGACAUGUUUGAGCCCGACAGCACACAAAAUAUGGUCGACAAAGUGGCAGAGACUCCAAAUGCUCUGUCAGCAGAUGUCUCUUUUCCCGAGGGAGAUGAAACAGCACCGCCCCUAACUUCCACGUCUGCAGAACUUAUUUUCGGGAUUCCAGAAACUUCCGCUGCUGACAGCCCCACCGACACUGGUAGAGGAGAGGCUGAGGAGCUUUGGGACAAUAGAGAGAAAGAGGAGGUCCCCAGGGAGCCACUACAGAGCCCCCUGUCACCUGGACCCAGGGAGAAGAGCCAUCUGGUCAGCAGCGUCGAAGUAACCUUUGGCACCGACCCACUUUCACAGCUGAACGAUGACGAUAAUGGAUACUUCAAACCUUCUAAAAUGCGCCACAGCUCUGCAGGGAUGAAACAGGUUGAGAAAGUGUGUGGGAGUUCCGACGGACCCCGCCAGUUUGCCUCGGGAGACGAGGUGCCCCUCGAACUCUCAGACAAUCCACUCUAUGGCGAUGACACGAGUGACUUCACCACGGACACCGAGUCCAGCCAGCAACGAUCUCGGCGAGGCUCCUCGGCCAAGCCGCAGAGCUCCUCGAGAGGAUCCAGUGCAGUCCCCACUCCUCCACGGUCCUCCUCUUCCUCGGCUGCAUUUGCAGCAAAGCACAUGAGAACAAAGGGGGUACCUUCUCUGGGAGUGUCACCCGCCGUAAGCGAUCUCAGCUGGGACGGCUCCCUCCAGGUUCCUCGGCCUCGCUCCGAACGAUUGUUCACUCCCUCAGCCUCACCUUUUGAGGUGAGCAACUCCCCUGUCGACCUCAGCUCUUCCUACCAUUCGUCCUCCAGUAACACACUCCAGGCAUCGCGCAGCAAGCCCACAGCUGCAAGUUUACCUUCUCAGAGCCUUUCCUCGUCGCUCCACUUUCAGGAGAGCCGACAACCUCCUAUGGAGGACGAUAGCGGAUCGGAUUUCUCGGGGGACGAGAAUGAGGGUGAACAGGUGGAGCGGAAGUCAGAGCAGUUUAGUUUGUGUGCUACGGCAGUCGAGGAGAGACGACCAAGCCCCGCACUGUCGACCAUCAAAUCCCCGAGCCCUCUCUCACCCAGCGUCUCGCGCUAUCCGUUUGACAGCCUCGUCGCCGAUCGGGACCAGGCACAACAGCUGGAGGAGUCGGCAGCGACAACGAGAGAAUCGUCGCCCGAUCCGGACGCAGACAUAUGGGUGACGGUCCCUCACCCCUGUCGGGGGCAGGUGCAGAGCAUCUGUCUCUCUGACCACCUCCUGUGGCUGGUGGACUCUCGAAACCUGGUCUACUGCACGGAGAUCAACACCAAGGGGAAGAAGUGGGAGCUCAUCAAGCACCAGAUGCAGCAGAUCUCAUCCUCGGCAUCCGGGAGCGUUGUGUGGGGGACGUACCGACAGAACGCCUACGUGCGCCAGGGGGUGAGCGAACUCAACAAGCUGGGAAACGUGUGGAUGAACAUUACAAAAGGGACAAGUCUCAUGCAGAAGGUCAAGUGCGUGUGUGCAGACGAGGAGGGGAUCUGGGCGGUGAAAACCGACGGCCAGAUAAUAUUCCGGAAGGGGGUCUCGGCGAGGACACCGCAGGGGAGGGUUUGGGUGGAUGUCGGGCGAGCUGCUGGCUUCACGUCAGUGGCGGCGUCUUCUGGAGUGGUGUGGGCCACAAACGCCUCCGGCCACCUGUUCUGCAGGGAAGGAGUGACAGAGCAAAACCCCAGUGGAAAGAAAUGGACAGAAAUGAAGGCCCCGCAACUGGAAGCAGUCUGCAUGACUCAGGGUAAUAUCGCAUGGAUUAUCGACGGCGAGGGGAAAAUGGGGUUCCGUGGCGGACUGAGUCGGGUUCAGCCAACGGGGAAGAACCCCUGGUGGGAGGUGACGGUCAGCACGACUCUCUCCCACAGCUCCCUCCCCUUCAACUCCCUCUGGCAGGUCAUGACCUCCGAGGGAUCACAGUUCCUGUCCUCUGUCUCCUCUCUCAUCCACACCCACCUCCCCGGACACCACAAGCUCCUCGCCGUCUCCGCAUCACCAAGGCCGGCGUCUGUGUCCUGGAGAGUGGGAGCAAGCUCCACGCCUGCUGGCGCUCCACCACCGGCUACCACUACAGCUCCGCUUCCAAGGACGGCGUGUUUCAGCUCACCACCUGGACGAUGUUCGGGAGCGGGAGCACGGGGCUGUGGGUGGUGAGGGACGACGGAGAGCUCUACUGCGUCACCCCCCAGGACAAGUUUGUCCGCAUCGAGUGUGCCUCGACAGUCCAGAUGAUGACAGUGUCCUCCACGGCGCUCUGGGUCAUCGCUAACAACCAGCUGUGGUCUCGGCAGGGGAUGACGGCAGCUCUCCCGGAGGGUAUCUCGUGGGACUACAUCGAACUGAGCCCUCUGCUUCACCAGAGGAAACUCAAACACAUAGUCUGCGGGAAACGUGCCGUCUGGGCCGUGGACGGCUCUGGAGUACCCCACUUUCGCUUCGGAGUACACUCCAGGGAGCCGGGGACGGGGAUGUCCCCAGCCUGGGUGCCAGUAGACGACCUCUCGCACCCUCUCCAGCAGAUCACAGUCAGCAACAACGACUGGCUCGUCUGGGCCAUCGACGAGAACUGCAACUCCUACGCCCGUACGGGGGUCACUCCAGAUUUCCCCGUCGGUACAGCAUGGGACGUUGUACCAGGACAACCGUUAAAGCAGCUGUGUGCUCACGGAAGGAAGGUGUACGCCCUGACCCCCUCGGGGAACCUACUGUGUCGCUACGGAAUCACCGAGAGCAACGUCCACGGCAACUACUGGCGGCAACUCCCGGGGAACUUUGUCCAGAUUUCCAUCGGGCACAGUGGUGUGCUGCUGGGGCUGGACUCCAAGGGGUGCAUUCUCAAACAGCAGUGCAGGACGUUGACCGUGGCCCAGGACUCCGAGUUCCUGAUGCACCGCUUCGAGAGUGGCCUUGACAAUUCCUGGGAGGUUGUCUAAAACUACGACUUUUCCUGACCAAUCAGAUAUUUUUAUUCAUCCCAAAACGAAACCUUAUUCUGAUCUAUUAUAUCACUCAUUCAAACACAGGAGUAUAUAUAUAUAUUUAUGUGUAUUGUGCAUGCACCAGUUGUGUGUUGAGUGUGUUCUGUUUAUAAUUUAUGAAAGUGAUACAGGUGCUGUCUUUUGCUGAGAUAAAAUGAUGACUGGUUGAUGAUGAAUUGAAAUGUGCAGCAGGAAAGAUUUUCAUAGGGACUCAGGAAUCAGGAUCUGCUUUGGUUGUGGGGUCAUGAGCUGCAGUUAUAUACAACUGCUGUCCUAUCUCACCACACUGUACUCUGGUCUUUGGGAGUGGUUCCGCCUUCAGACACAUAAAACAGAAAGAAGACACCUUAAAACAAAGUUUCUCGGUGAGCUUUAACCUGCAUUUAUAGCAGUGUGAUAAACAUACCGGAAUAGAGGUCCAUGCAGUGCUCCAGGUUCGUCAACCUCUCAGGCAGGUGGAGGAGCCCGCCACUUUUGACCUUUACACUCUGGGCGUGCCACUGGGUUGAGGGGCUCAGGUCCUGCUUCAGCUGGUCCAGUGG